CCCAAAAAAAAAACCCCUCAAUCCAAACCCAAAAAUCACAAUAAUCGUCAAAUAUUCACAAAAAAAGUCCAAGAACCCAAUCAUAAUCACAUGGCAGCCCUAGCCCCCGGAAUUCUGCUGAAGCUCCUCGACGGCCUAAGCACGGGGUUAAAGCCAACGAGCGAGCACAGAAGCUCCCUCCUCCAGGUCACCGACAUCGUCCCCGCCGACCUCGACGAGAAAAGCCUCGUCCCCAAACAAGGCUUCUACAUCAAGCUCUCCGACUCCUCCCACUCCAUAUACGUCAGCCUCCCUUUCGACCAAGACGAUCUCGUGAUGAGCGACAAGAUGCAGCUGGGCCAGUUCAUAUACGUCGACAGGCUCGAACCCGGCUCCCCCGUACCCAUCCUCAAGGGCGCCAAGCCCUUGCCCGGACGCCACCCCUUGAUCGGGACUCCCGAGCCGCUCAUGGGUCUGCGUGCCAGGGGCCAAAAGCCCGAUAAGAAUCCCAAUAGUAGUAAGAGGUGUUCUUGGGGCUUCGGGCCCAAUGGUUGUGAGAAUAGUUCAAGUGUAAUUGGGUCGCCUAGGGUUUUGAAGCCCGUGCCCUUGGAUUUCGACCAGUGUGCCACGCCAGUGAUUAGAGGGAAAGGGGCGAUGAGGGAUGGGAGUGCAGUUCGGUGCUCGGUUGGUGGGGGGGUUUUGGCGAAGAUGGCUGAGGUCUCGCCUUUGGUUCGGAGAAGUUGUGUGGUGAGUAAUAAGUUUGGUAGGAGCAAAAGCGUGGUUUCUGAUAGAGAGCAGAGGAUCUUGAAAACUCCCAUCAACAACACAGCUGAGAAGAAGAGUUCGACUCCACCUCCGAGGUUGAUGAAUGUGAACUCGGCAGCAUCUCCGACUAUCGAAUCAUCGCAACAAUCUCAACAUGGCGGUGAUGUGAAUUCUUCCAACAGUUAUACAAGCCUGCACAUGAAUUUGCCUGGAAAACUUAGUGUUCUUGGAAAGGAAGCUAUUGAACAACGAGAAACUGCGCAGAAAAUUGCCCUUCAAGCAUUGAGAGAUGCCUCGGCCACCGAGAAUCUUUGUCGAUCUCUCAAGAUAUUCUCAAACUUGACAAAAUCAGCCAAUCUUGAUGCCCCAGCUGCUUGUUUCGAUCAAUUUCUCGAGUUCCAUAACCAAAUCUCGCAGGUAGUAGCAGAAAUGGUAUCCCUUCAAGCAGCAACUUCUGCUACCAACACUUGUAAAAUAUCAAAAGCAGAAGAAGGCUCUGUUUUAAAUGAGUUAGUCCCUAAUUCAAUGGACAAUAGAUCAAAGUUGGAAUCAAAUGCGUCCAAAAGAAGGGCCGCCCUCAACAAAUCCAUAGCGGCUUUUCCUGAAAGAGCCGAGCAAAAGACAGUUCUUGGUAAGCACUUGAGAUCUUCAACUCCGAGCCAAAAGGCCGUCAAUUUGGAGAAGGCUGCGAACGAGAAUAAUUAUGAAAACAAAAGUGUGGCCAGUUCUUGUAGUUUGUCGAGCACCAUCAAACUGGGAAAGGAAAUUAAAAACGAGGCCGGCAAUUGGUUCAUGGACUUUUUAGAGAAAACUUUGGGAAAAGGGACAAGGAAAGGAUCUGAUGCAAGAAAAGUACCUCAAUCGCUUAUCUUGAAGGUGAUGAAUUGGGUGGAAGUUGAGCAAAAUGAUUCAAAUAAGAGGCCCGUGCAUCCUCGUGCUGCAGUUAUAGCCCGCAAACUGAGGAUUAAGGCGAAAAACCCAUGAGGUGUGUGUGGUGGUUUGUCUUGUUGCAUUUAAGAAGCAUAUUGUUGUGUUCGAGGAUCGAAAAGAAAAUCGUUUGGUUUGGUGUAGUGAAAAUGUUUGGAUUCAUUUCUUGUUUUGUGUUGGUGUGAUUAGAGAUCUUAAACCUUACUAUGUAAACAUAUUAUAUCUGGCUUACCUACCUAUCCUUGUAUUGUGUUGAUAGUAAUGUGUUUUAUAUUAGUAAUUUUAGCAGCAAUCAGAUUAUAAAAGCCUUAUC